GCUGAGCAAGAGAAGCCAAUAGAGACUUCUGGAACUCAAUCGAAGAAAAGUCAAUACAGAAGAGACCAAAGUUUCCUCUUCUCUGAGCUUCGCCCUAAGGCCGACCACGAAGUCUCCCUCAUCUCUGCUCUCGCUCUAUCUCUCAGACUUAACAUACCGAGAGCUGUUGAGGUCGGUCCUUCGGAAUUAACGCCCCCGUCCUUUUCCAAAUAAGAUGCACUUCCGGUUAUCAUCAAACAUAAUGCAGAUAUUCUACUGGUUUUUUUAUUUAAAUGGACACGAAGAAAUUCAUCCAACUGGUUGAGGAAAAGAAGAAAAGAGCUUUGGAGAAGAAGGAAGCCCCGUUGAAAUGGGAACAAAAAUUGGAAGCUGCCAUUAAGACAAAGGCUGACGCUGAAGCUAAAGAGAGAAAAACAAAGGUGAAGCAUAAGCGACGAUCUGAUUCGGACUCAGACAGUGACUCCGACAGUAGUGAUGGGGGAAGGAAGUCUAACAAAAGAAACCAUCACAAGAAGCACAGGAAGCAUGCCCACUCUGACUCGGGUGAUAAUGACAGGAGGAAAGAGAAGAAAUCCAAGAGAAAAUCAAAGAGAAGAUCUCUGAGUCCCAGCGGCAGUAGCAGUGAGGAAUAUGAUUAUUAUUCUGAAGAAGAUAGGAAGAGGAAGAAGCGAAGCCUCAAAAGACAUAGGCAUCACGAUUCGAGAUCAGAUUCUAGUUCUGAUUCUUCAAGUGGUGAGGAUGACGAGGUAAGCAGGAAGAGAAGUCACAGUAAGCGCCACAAACAUCAUCACAGAUCAGAUUUCGGGGCUCAUGAUUUUUCUAGUGACGAGGAAACUGGCAGAAUGCGAAAGAGAAGGCACACUAAGCAUCAUAAACACCAUCGCCGUUCGGACUCUGGCUCGUCUGAUUCUUGGAGUUACGAGGAUGAUGCAACAAAGAUCGAGAAAAAACAUCAUAAACAUCAUCGACGGUCACACAGUGUUGACUCAAGCACGGAUGACUCCGAUUCACACAGACCCAAGAGUGCACAUCAUCACAAGCAUCGAUCACAUCAUCAUCACAAACAUCGCCCCCAUGCGUCCGAAGAGGAGAAAAAACUUAUAGCUGGGAAGCUUAACGUGGACGAAGAUAGAAAUGCAACUGAUAACACUACUAAUGAUAUUGUUCCUGAGGUUCUAGCUUGAAGUGAAACAGUAGUGAAUUUCACAGGCUUCUGCAAUGGAAGGACCAAGUCAAACAUUAAGCUGAUAACUAUCUAUAACCUAUCAUUUGUCUUGCAAUUUGUGAUCGAAUUCGAGAUGAUUGACAUUUGUUUUUCUUCACAUUUCUUAAGUUUACUUGGUGUUGUCUGAUUCAAGUCAUUCAACUUCCUAAACGCGAUGGAUUUCGUUUCAGAUUUAAAUAUUAUUUGUACCAAAAUUUUACUAUGCUUCUUAUA